CGCAGCCGGUUCCGCCCCACCGGGCGGCGUGCGCCGAGCCCACUCGCCUUGCCCAGCCGCUGUGCCGGGCUGCAGGAGAAGCCCGCUCCACGUGCACCUGCUAUUCCUCAGAUGUCCAAUGACCAGGCACCAGUAGACAUCAUGCUGCUGCUCUCCUCCCAGAUCUGUUGCCUAAAGCAAUAAAAAAUGGCCAGAGGAUCAGUAUCCGAUGAAGAAAUGAUGGAGCUCAGAGAAGCUUUUGCCAAAGUUGAUUCUGAUGGCAAUGGGUACAUCAGCUGCAAUGAGCUGAAUGAUUUGUUCAAGGCUGCCUGCUUGCCUCUGCCUGGGUACAGAGUGAGAGAAAUUACAGAAAACCUGAUGGCUACAGGUGACCUGGACCAGGAUGGGAAGAUCAGCUUUGAUGAGUUUAUCAAGGUUUUUCAUGGCCUGAAAAGCACAGAGGUUGCCAAGACCUUUAGAAAAGCAAUCAAUAAGAAGGAAGGGAUUUGUGCGAUCGGGGGCACUUCAGAGCAAUCUAGUGUUGGGACCCAACACUCCUAUUCAGAGGAAGAGAAGUAUGCCUUUGUCAACUGGAUAAACAAAGCCCUGGAAAAUGACCCCGAUUGUCGGCAUGUCAUCCCAAUGAAUCCAAACACCAAUGAUCUCUUCAGUGCUGUUGGAGAUGGCAUUGUCCUUUGUAAAAUGAUCAACCUAUCAGUGCCGGACACAAUUGAUGAAAGAGCAAUCAACAAAAAGAAACUCACCCCUUUCACCAUUCAGGAGAAUCUGAACCUGGCUCUGAACUCUGCCUCAGCCAUCGGCUGCCACGUGGUUAAUAUCGGGGCUGAGGACUUAAAGGAGGGGAAGCCUUACCUGGUCCUGGGACUGCUGUGGCAGGUCAUCAAGAUUGGGUUAUUUGCCGACAUCGAACUCAGCAGAAACGAAGCACUGGCCGCUCUUUUGAGAGAAGGGGAGAGUCUGGAGGAUUUGAUGAAACUCUCCCCUGAGGAGCUCCUGCUGAGAUGGGCUAAUUACCACCUGGAAAACGCAGGCUGCAACAAAGUCAGCAACUUCAGCAGUGACAUCAAGGACUCAAAAGCUUAUUACCACCUGCUUGAACAGGUGGCUCCAAAAGGAGAUGAAGAAGGUAUUCCUGCUGUUGUUAUUGACAUGUCAGGACUGAGGGAGAAGGAUGACAUCCAGAGGGCAGAAUGCAUGUUGCAGCAGGCGGAGAGGCUGGGCUGCCGGCAGUUUGUCACAGCUACAGAUGUUGUCCGAGGGAACCCCAAGUUGAACUUGGCUUUUAUUGCCAACCUCUUUAACAAAUACCCUGCCCUGCACAAACCAGAGAACCAGGACAUCGACUGGGGGGCUCUUGAAGGUGAGACAAGAGAAGAGCGGACAUUUAGGAACUGGAUGAACUCCUUGGGUGUAAACCCUCGAGUCAAUCAUUUGUACAGUGACUUAUCAGAUGCCCUGGUCAUCUUCCAGCUCUAUGAAAAGAUUAAAGUCCCUGUUGAUUGGAACAGAGUAAACAAACCACCAUACCCCAAACUGGGGGGCAAUAUGAAGAAGCUUGAGAAUUGUAAUUAUGCAGUGGAACUGGGGAAGAAUCAAGCGAAAUUUUCCCUGGUUGGCAUUGGUGGACAAGAUCUCAAUGAAGGAAACCGCACCCUGACAUUGGCCUUGGUCUGGCAGUUAAUGAGAAGGUACACACUGAAUAUUCUUGAAGAACUUGGAGGUGGGCAGAAGGUCAACGAUGACACUAUUGUCAACUGGGUGAAUGAAACAUUGAAGGAAGCGGAGAAAAGUUCAUCCAUCUCUAGUUUCAAGGACCCAAAGAUUAGUACAAGUCUGCCCGUCCUGGAUCUCAUUGAUGCCAUUCAACCAGGUUCCAUUAACUAUGACCUCCUGAAGACAGAAAACCUGAACGAUGAAGAGAAACUCAACAAUGCAAAGUAUGCCAUCUCUAUGGCCCGAAAAAUUGGAGCAAGAGUAUAUGCCCUUCCAGAAGACUUGGUUGAAGUGAACCCCAAGAUGGUCAUGACAGUGUUUGCUUGCCUCAUGGGGAAAGGAAUGAAGAGGGUGUAAGGCCCAGCGGGCGGGACUGGAGGCGCACACGCGUUUCUGACUGCUCAGCACCGGGUGCUCCCAGGAAACACGGGGACAAGUCAAACCAUUCCAACGUUUUCAACUUGGUGACAUUCUACUAGGUUCCAGACAAAAUGUGUAUCUGUUCAGCCAAGUAGCCUUCAUGUAUUUAACAAAAAGUGCUUUAUUCUUUGCAAAAGACCCAGUCUCUUACAAAUUUUUUUUUAUUAUUGAAUUGAUUGCUUUGAAAAUCUAGAGACAAAAAGAACUUAUU